AUCUGAAUAGCUUCUCAGCAUCUUCCUUUCUUUGUUCUUGCAAAGGAGCUUCCAAUUUAGCUGGGGGAAAAGGGUUUUAUAGGUCAAACAAAAGCAUGGCAGAUGCAUUGAUAGAAGAUCAAGUGGUGGCGUUCAGGGAAGCUUUCUCUCUGAUUGACAAGGACUCUGAUGGCUUUAUUACCAUGGAAGAACUGGCAUUGGUGAUCCAGUCUUUGGACAGACAUCCGACAAAAGAAGAAAUCCAAGAUAUGAUAAGCGAAGUCGACGUUGAUGGAAGUGGGACUGUAGAUUUUUCGGAGUUCUUGGACUUUAUGGCUAGAAAAGUGAAGGGCAACAUGACAGAAGAACUAAAAGAAGCUUUCAAAGUGUUUGACAGAGAUCAGGAUGGAUACAUAUCAGCCAGUGAGCUGAUACAGGUAAUGAUAAAUUUGGGAGAAAGACUGUCAGAUGAAGAGGCUGAACAGAUGAUCAAAGAGGCUGAUCUGGAUGGUGAUGGUAAAGUCAGCUAUGAAGAAUUUGCAAGGAUGAUGAUGAUGACGCCCUGAUUAAGGAGAGCUUGACCAAUAGACAACAACGAGAUAAUAAACUCACCUCUUGAAAAUCCUUCUUUAUUUGUCAUGAUGGAAUAGGGUCGGAGCGACGAAUACAAUAGAUAUAACAUGAUGAUGGUAUAUAACCUCUCGAUUGACCACACUUUCUGAGAAAAAAAUAAAUUUCCAGAAUUUCUAAUGAUGACUAGAAUAUUUUAAAAA